AUGCAGAGCAUCAAGUGCGUGGUGGUGGGCGACGGCGCGGUGGGCAAGACCUGCCUCCUGAUCUGCUACACGACCAACGCCUUCCCCAACGAGUACAUCCCCACCGUCUUCGACAACUACAGCGCCCAGAACACGGUGGACGGCCGGACGAUCAACCUGAACCUGUGGGACACGGCCGGCCAGGAGGAGUACGACCGCCUCCGGACGCUCUCCUACCCGCAGACCAACGUCUUCAUCAUCUGCUUCUCCAUCGCCAGCCCGCCCUCCUACGAGAACGUCAAGCACAAGUGGUACCCGGAGGUGUGCCACCACUGCCCGGACGUGCCCAUCCUCCUGGUGGGCACCAAGAAGGACCUCCGGGCCAGCCCCGAGGCCCUGAAGAAGCUGAAGGAGCAGAGCCAGGCACCCGUCACCACGCAGCAGGGCCUCAGCCUCGCCCGGCAGAUCCACGCCGUCAAGUACUUGGAGUGCUCGGCCCUCAACCAGGACGGCAUCAAGGAGGUUUUCACGGAGGCCGUGAGGGCCGUCCUCAGCCCCACGCCGGCCAAGCCCAAGAAGCCCUGCGUGCUCUUGUGAAGGACGGUCUCGUGCCUGCCUCUCCCGCCCCCUCUGUUCCUUGGGGGCAGGCUCUGAGGGGGCAUUCGCAGAGAACGAGGGGGCCUCGCCCCCUCCGGGACCCUUGCCUCGCUUUCCUGCCCCCCAAGUGACGUCAAGACGUUGCGUGACUUCCUGCCACUCGCCUCCCUGUCCCUCAGCUGUUC